AUGUCUAAUAAAGCAAUUCUUCCUUCAUUUACAGUUGGAGCACCAUUACCAACACAAACAAGUUUACAAAUACUAGAAAACCAAAAACAUUUUCUUGAAGUAAAUAGAGUAGAAAUGUAUACUAAUGAAGAGUAUGAGAAAUAUUUACAACAUAAAGAAUGGACAAGAUCAACAACAGAUAAUUUAAUGGAAUAUGUAAAACAAUAUGGAAUGUGUUGGGAAGUAAUUCAUGAUAGAUUAGUAGUCUAUAAUGAGUUUAGAUUAACAGUUGAUGCAGUAAUUGAAAGGUAUUUACAAAUUGUAUUAAAGUUAGCACAAGUAAGAUUUGUUGAAAAAUAUCCACCAAAUAUGUUUAUUCAUCCUUAUGACUUCUUUCCAUUUGACCGUAAAUAUGAAGAACAAAGAAAAGAAGAUGGAAUGAAAAAUUUAUUAGAACACGUUAUAGAUAAUCCACAAGCAAAAUUAUUUCUUCCAUCAAGUGUAUUAAUAAAGAAAGAAGUAGAUUCAGUAAUGGAUGAUACAACUGGAAGUUAUGCAUUAUUAGAUUCAUUGCCUAGUGGUGUAUAUUCAAGAUUUCAAUUAUUAUCUGAGAAAACAGAGUUAUCCAAGUUGGCAUCAUAUUUUGAAAAAGAUACUUCAUUAAAUCUUUCAUUACUAAUUUAUCCAGAUGAUGAAUUUGCUAAGAUAUGUGAAAAUAUUAAAGAUACAUUUCAUAAAAUUGAAGAGUAUAAAAGAAGAAUGGAACAAAUUAAAAGAAAAUCAGAAUAA